AUGAGCCCAUCACCACCACCACAAGCGUCUCGGACAUCGCCUAUCAACGCUCAAUCAGCAACCUCCUCCCCUCCCACGUCACCGUCGAAUCCAUUCAAUGGCGGCUCCACACAUGCUCCACAUACUCUCACAGGGCCCAUGAGCGGACCGAUCGAGAAUAACUCAAACAAUCCAACGGAUUCGGUCAGCAAACAAGAACAUGAUCUUUCGUACAUAUCAGAAAAAUAUCUUCAGGAAGCAAUAAAGGCUGGCUACUAUCGCGGCCGCGCACCACAUCUGGAGCAACAGAUGUAUGGGAAUCCGCAACCAGCACAGCUUAGUGAGAAACCCUUCAAAUGCGAUCAGUGUCCCCAAAGUUUCAAGCACAAUCGUGACCUGGAAAGGCAUCAGAGAACACACCUUAAGAGACCAUUCGAGUGCGAUCAGUGUUUCCGAAGUUACAAGCGAAAUCAUGAUCUGAGAAGGCAUCAGAGAACACAUCUUGAGAGACCUGAGAGACCCUUCAAGUGCGAUCAGUGUGCCCAGAGUUUCAAGCGGAAUCAUGACCUGAAAAGGCAUCAGAGAACGCAUCUUAAGGUGGAUCUCUUCACUUGCCCGGUCUGUGAGAAGAGCUUCUCGAGGAAAGAUGUUCUCCAGAGACACCUCCGUGACAUAGACUGCGACAAGUCGACAGCUUCAUCUGAAACAGCCACCGAGUGGACAUAG